UUUAUUUAUCAAUCUUAUUUCUAUACCAACUGAUAUGUACUUCUCUAGGCAGUGUACAAAAUAUUUCAAAGUCACAGAUUAAAAUACAUGACAAUAAAAACAAGAGAAUAAAAUAAUUAUUAAAUCAGGUUUUUAAAAUUAUCAAAAUUUAAUAAUUUACAAUUAAAAUUUCUAAUGAAAAGAAAACAGGAGAGUCUUGAGGUUCUUCCUGAAAACAAACAGAGAAGGAGAUGCUCUUAUUUCAGUAGGGAGCAUAUUGGAAAGCCCCAGGACAGCCACAGAGAAAGCCUGGCCCUGGGUUGCCACCAAACAAGCUGGUGGCGUCCGUAACCAAACCUCUCCAGAAGAUUGUAACAGGCGGCAGGGUGUAUGACAAAGGAGGUGCUCUCUUAUAUAGCCUGGACCCAAGCCACUAGGACUUUAUAGGUAAUAGCCACCAGCACUUUGACCUGGAAACAUAUUGGCAGCCAGUGAAGUUCUUUCAAAACUGGUGUGGUCCCUUCAUGUUGUCACAGAGACCAAUCUGGCUGCCGUGUUCUGUACCAAUUGUAGUUUCCAGACUACAUACAAAAGACUGAAGUGUCUGUGGGAAACUGUGCAAGAAACAGUAAGAAAACCUUGCAUUUUUCCAAGCCUGUAGUCACUUUAGAUAAAAUUAAAUGUGCAAAUACUGACCUAACUGCAGCAAACCCUCUCAUUUAGAAAGGCUCCUUGAGAGGUAAUUAGUUGUCAAACACUUGCUGAAAAUUUUUAAUACAAAUGCUUGGAUACUGAUCCUGUAAAGAACCUGAUGCUGAAAAACAAAACUUUUAAUCUUUCAGUUUUUUAUCACAAUAUGAAAGUUUUCUGUGGACACCUACAAACAUUUUAUUGCUUUUCACAACACCAAACUCUUUUAUUUCCUUACAAUUUGCAAAAAGCUCUUUUCCCUACAGAGCUGGAUAUCUUGUUAUUCAAUGAGAAUUCCACAUUCAGCAUCUGUACUAAAAAGGGCUUUAUGCACAGAAAUAAGAAUCUAAAACAAAGAAGGUUUAUUAACUUCCUGUGGGUCUUGAAGAGAGAAUACCCUGAAUAUAACAGAUUCUUCUAAGCUCUUCUGCAGCUGGCAAAAAUAUAUUAUAUUGAAAAUAUAAUGUAUUCAAGCUGGAGAGUUUUUAUUUCUUGAGAACACUGGUGCACAUCAAAUGACAUGCAUUGUAUAGUGGCAAGCAUCAUCUCUAGAUGUGCAGAAUUGCUUUUGUAUUAUGUACUUGCUGGAGAAGCUUGCUGAACGUCCUUGAUGGCUGGUGGCUAUUUGUGAUGUAGUUAGCAAAAACAAGAAGUGUUGCAGUUGACUGGGAAGAAGGAACACUGGAAUGGAGGACUAGGGAAUCUUAGAAUAUGCUAUUUGCUUUUGGGAGAAAUUGAUAUUCCUUUAAAGACUGCUACUGCCUGGAUGUUUCCCUCCCUCCCCCUAUGCUAAAUUAAACAAUGGUUUUUUGUUGUUGUGUUAAACUCUGUAAAUUUCCAGUGAUCUCUUCUCACAAGGCAACCAGCCCCUUAAAUACGUCAGACGCUAAAUAGUUGCCGCUAUAAUUACUCUGUAAUACAGAAGACUUACUGCAGCCAGCCUGGACUAGAAAUUCAGGGGGGAAAUGGACUCUGAAACAAUGUGCAAGCAGUUUGUGUGUGUGAGUACAGCAGUCCCUGAGCUAUUAACUCAGGAAUUUCUGCCAUUCCUGUUUCUGGCUUCUGUGCUCUGAUGUAUUUAAGGUGCAACAAUUCAUUCAUUCAUUCAUUCAUUUGAUUUCGAUACCGCCCUUCCAAAAAUGGCUCAGGGUGGUUUACACAGGGAAAUAAUAAAUAAAUAAGAUGGUGAUAAUAAUUUUUAAAAAACCAAGAACCCAACAACAAUCUCUUUCAAUAGGUUCCCUGUUUUCUCCCCUAGUGAUCAGAGGGUUAGAGGAGCAUAAUGGAAUCCAAGGUCCUUUUCUGACGCUUCACCUGUAGGCCUUUGUAUCCUCUGUGGAGCCUGCCGCUUUUCCUGGUGGCUCUGCCUGUGUGGGCACACCCUUGGAAGCAUGUAAUGAGCAGCCAGCUGGGGGCUUGAACAAGCAACUCCCUCGUGCCUGGUCUUAUUGGUCCCACAGGAGUGGUGCCCAAAAAGCCUCUUCUGCUUCUGCAGCAACUUCUCUUUCGCCCCUGGGAGAGUGUGUGGAUGCUGCUGCAGCUAAAUCAAAAGUAGUCUGUUUCUUUGGAAACCCUGUGCUGAUUAUCUUAAAUCAAUACAUCUGCAGUUCUUCCAAUUUGAAGUUUUAUUCCUUGGGAACAUGUUUUCAUGUCACUCUUCCCCCCCCACCCCGCUUUAAAUUCCUGUCUUAGGGUAAGAGUCUUUGCACCAUAUUUUCAAUUUCUACACAGUUUCUGACAGCUGAUUUCAUAUCUAGGCUUAACUUUAGGUACAGGAAACUACCUUUGUGGAAUAAUGUGGACACAUUAAUAUGCAUCUUAUUGUUUCUGGGUGAAGUACAAAGUGCUGGUUAUUGCCUUUAAAGCCCUGAAUGGCUUGCGUCCGGGUUACCUGAGAGAGCACUUUUCUCUACAAGAUCCCCACUGCUCAUUAAGAGCAUCAGGAGUGUCCAUCUUCAGGUGCCACCAGUUCAUCUGGUGGCAACCUGGGAUUGGGUCUUCUCAGUUGUCACCUCUGGGUUGUGGAACAUGAUGCCUGUGGGUAUAAGAGGAUUAUCUUCCUUGGGGGCCUUCAGGAGAGCCUUAAAACAAUUAAAGGGUUAAAACAGUAAGUGGAUUGCCUUAAGCAAUUACAACAGGAGUAUGCUUAUCAUUUAUAACAAAUAAAAUCCACAUAGUUGAGAACUGUGAAUCCUACAAGAGGAUUGUUGUUUAUAACAAAUAAACUCCACAUAAACUAUAAACCCAGUCUAAAAGCAGGGCAGCCUGCUGUGAUCAGGGCAGGCUGAGGCUUUGUGGAGUGCCCUGUUCUGUGUUUCACAGUGAGCAGCCCGAUAGCCGCUGGGAAGCCCACAAGCAGGAGAGGCUUGUGGACUACCCGCUGCAGCUUCCUUGCUCCCCUGCAACUUGCAUGCAAUGAACGGCAUAUUGCCUCUGAAUUACAUGUGAAAACAGUAUUGUAUAAAUGUGCCCAUUUCACAUCUCAGAAAUACAGAGGCCAAGGUAAAGGAUAGUCAGUGCAAAAGUAAACCAUGUAUCUGAAUCCCCCACACAGCAAGGCAGUCAGAACGAAUCCAUGGCAGAUAAAGGUAAAGUGUGCUGACAAGUCGAUUUUGACUCCUGGCACCCACAGAGCCCUGUGGUUUCCUUUGGUAGAAUACAGGAGGAGUUUACCAUUGCCUCCUUCCACCCAGUACGAGAUGGCAGGGAGAAUAGUAAUUAACCAUUUCUUAUUUAUAUCAUGCUUGUCAGUAACACAUUUCCAAAGUGGCCAAUACAGCAGAUACAUUAAAAUCAAAUUUACAGUAACAUAAAAAUUACUUACACAUGCGAAUGCAGAGCAGAACAAAUAAAAAACUUUAGCUGCUGCCAAGAUGGCUUUCAAAACUUGUAGUAGCUUUCAACCCAGUCUAAAAGCAUGGCUGCUUGCUGUGAUGGGGGCAAGCUGAGACACUGGCUGCCUUCAGACAUUAACAACCACAGGCUUAUAAGUUUUCACCACUGGAUGAAUUGAAAUCAGUCUGGGAAAGGGAUCUACAAAUGGUUAUUGGUGAAGCAGGCUGGAAUAGGAUCUGGUCUUCUAAACCUAUAUUUUCAUCCCUUGCCCCAAAUAAAGAAAAUUAUAUCUUAGACUCUCUAAAUGGUAUAAGACUCCGGUGAAAUUGGCCUAUAUUACUAAAAAUAAGUCAAUGCUCUGUUGGAACAACUAUAAUGAGAAGGAGGCCGCUCGCCGCUCUUCUGCGGCGCGGCCAAUUUGUCCCAGCUCCUUGGCCGAGGAGCAUGUGGGACUGGGAGCCGCCGCUGAUUGGCUCCCCAGGCAGUUCCGGUGCAAACAAGAAGGGCCAAGCACGCAGCGCGCCUGCGCGGGCUCAGUCUGCCUCUCGCAUUCGGAGAGGUCAGAUGUGCCGGGAAGAGCUCCGGCUAGGCCGCAAUAGCGCGCGGCCUGGCCCAGAGGAGCAUCCGGCGAAGGGGGCAAGCGGAGAGUCGGGCCCGAGGCCCAGCCACAGCGACUCUUCUUGCGCCUCCAGCCAGUGCCGGGUGCCAUCUUGCUGGGCCGCGCGGCAGGCGGGGAGUCGGGCCAGAGGCCCGCCCGCAGCGGCCCCCUUUCUUUGUGCCUCAGAUGCGGCGGGCCACCGAGGCCCGGCCAGUGCUGGGCGCCACCUUGCUGGGCCGUGUGGCUCAAGCGGCGGCGGCCGGGCUAGCGGAGAGUCGGGCCCGAGGCCCACCCGCAGCGGCCUUUUUCUCGUGCCUUCGGCUCAGCGGGAGAGCAAGGCCCGGCCAGCACCGGGCGCCAUCUUGGUGGGCCGCCCGAUCCGGGGGGGUUGGGCCCUAGGCCUGCCCGCGGAGGUCCGUUCCCGCGCCUUUGGGCUCGGCGGACGAGUGAGGCCCAGCUGUGCCGCCCCCCCCUUGUGGGGCCACGCGGCACUGAACGGCUGCGCAGCGGAGGGCCUUCACCCGCCAGCCCUUCUCUCUCUGCUGCCAGGGGGCUGUAGCUUUGGCCUAGCUGGGGCCAGGCAGAGCUUCGGGCUCGGACGCCCGCCUGCCCUCUCAUGCCCAGCACCUCCUGGACUCCUUGUGGAUCGGCAAGCCGGGGCGGCCCAGCUCAGGUUUUGGGGCUGCAGCGCAUGGGGUUGGGCAGGCCGGGCAUAAGGCCUGGGGGGGGGCGCACCUCCCGGGUGCCUUAUUGCUUUGGGGGGUAGUGCGUGGGGUGCUAGGGUCCAUCUUCCCAUACACACACCCUUCCCAACUCCCCCCCUUUCCACACAGCAUGGGUCCCAAGAAGGCGCCAGUGGGGAAGGGAAAAAGACGUGCGGCAGCGCACAAGGGCCCCCCCCCCCCGGCUCCACCAGACUCCUCUUCUGAGGAUGAGCGUGACAUGGAGCUGGGGGCUAUCAAGGCCCUAAUUGCCCGUCUGGAAGCAAUAGCGGGCGAGCGGGAGGCAUUAUGUAGGAAUGGCGGGGGCCCAUCUGGGGUUGGCACAGCCGGGGAGAGCGGCCCCUCCCCGCCCGCGUACCCACACAAAGCGACUAGGGCUACAAAGCGGGCUAAUUUUGAUGCAGGGUUUCACUGAUCGUUUAGCAGCUCUCGAGGCUGCCAUGGCAUCCCUGGUGGCUCCGGCUAGCAGCAAGAUCCCGGAGAGACACUGCGGGGGCAGCACAACAGCCGCGGGAUCCGCAGCGGGGGACACCUCCGAAGAACAGGCGGGACAAGGUGAUGCAGCGCUUCUAGCAGCUGGCCCCCGAUGCUUUCCCAAGGCCCGAGAAGAUGCCUGUCGGUCUGUGGAGCCUUGGAGUGUAGAGGCGCUCAGGGCAAUCGAGGCCUCCUUAGCACCUAGGACACGGGCUACCUAUAGCAGGAGGGUGGCCGCCUUCCAGCGCUUCAGGCUGCAGGUGGGAGUCGGCCAGGCUUGGCCAGCUCCACCUGAGCACCUGAUGCAGUACCUGGUGCACCUUCGGGGAGAAGGGCUCACUGUCAGCACCAUGGCCGGGCAAUUGGCAGCCCUGGCCUUCUACACGAAGUCCCGGGGGCUGCUCGAUCACUCGGGCGAUUUCCGAGUCCGGCACAUGCUGGAGGGAUGGGCCAGGGAGACUCCGGCCCAACCUGACCAGCGCCGGCCCAUUACACCCGAUGCUUUGUGCCGGGCCGUGCAGAGCUUGGGGGCCAUAUGCUCUUCCCCCUAUGAGGAAGCCUUGUUCAGAGCGGCGGCGCUGGUGGCUUUCUAUGGGGCCUUUAGGGUCGGGGAGCUCUUUCCCAAGGGGUCCCGGGGCACAGUUGCCAGGGUCAUGCAGAAGAGCGACCUAGUCAUGGACUCGGCCACGGUAUCGUUGAGGCUCCGCUUCUCUAAAACCGACCAGUGGGGCAGGGGUCAGCUGGUCACCCUGCAUAGGGCGGACAAUCGCCUCAUGUGCCCGGUGCAGGCUCUGGGAGCCUACAUGGUGGCCAGGGGCGAGGCCGAGGGGUGCCUAUUCGUGCACGCUGCUGGCAACCCCCUUUCCCAGUAUCAAUUCUGGGCUGUGAUGAGGAAGGCUUUUCACGUGGCAGGGGUGUCCACGGGCCACCUGUCAUCACACUCAUUCCGGAUCAGGGCGGCCUUGGCGGCCGCGAACCUCAACUACCCGGGGGCCGCAAUCCAGCACCUGGGCUGCUGGCAGUCUGCGGCCUACUGCAGAUAUGUGUGAUAGGGCGGCGGGUGCCCCCCCGCUUCCGCCCCUGCCCCAGUUUUCCCACCUCAUGUGUGUUCUCUCUUCCGCGCAGGGGUGAAGCCUCCGGUUAAGAGGGCCAAGGUCCUCGUCCUGGGCCACUCCUUUAUAUUCUGGGCCCUCAAGUGGGUUCAAAGCAUGUAUCCGGGAACACAGCUGGGCCUAGGGCGAUGGGCCGCCAUGGAGUGGUGUGGGCAACGGGGAUGCGAAGAGCACAGCUGCUGCCAAUGCUACGGGAGUACCUGGAGCAGAACCCUGCACCGGACAUCCUGCUCUUCCAUUUCGGCAGAAACGACCUAGUUAGUCAGUCAGGUAUCUCCCUGGCCCGGCAGACGGAACAGGACCUGGGCGUGGUGCUGUCCUGGUGCCCCCGGGCAGUCAUUCUCUGUUCCGACAUCACCCAGCGAAGGGUUUGGCAGGGGGCGCUCAAACAGAACAAGGUGGACAGGGCAAGAAGGAGGGUCAAUGCGGCUAUAGCACACUUUCUGGCAGCCAGGGGUGGCGGUUGCAUUCCCCACGAUGACAUCGUCUACUCGCAGCCCGCCCUCUACCGGGGUGACGGGGUCCACUUGUCCGCCUUGGGCAUGAGGUUCUUUUUGGACGACCUCAGGUUGGGAUUGGCAACAGCGAUGUUGGGUCUGUGGGGUGUGGGUUGUUAAGCUGGGCUAAUGCCCGCUGUGGCAGGUACAGUGCGGUGAGGGAAUGCUAAUUAAGGAGGUGUGGCACCUUAGGUAAGAUGUAAAUCAAGGAGGAGGAGCCAGUCCCUUGAGGCUUGACAGAUCAGGGAUGACGCUUGACUCCUGCCCCUCCUCAGGUGGCACCCUAUACGUAUGGCUGUGCAGCGUCAUUGGGGAUGUCGCUUGGGAGGUCAGAAACCUGACCUUAGGUCGGCGGAGAAGGGCGCCUCCGCUGGAGAGUGGAUGACCUGCCUGGAGCCAAGGUGCUAUCGUCAUGGUCUGUUAGGUGGGGGGAGGCCACGGUGUGGCCGGCCUACUAGGCACCACACUGCUGUGGGGGGAUGUCUAUGCAAUCCCAGCCAAUCAGCCUGUACCAUAAAACUUCAAUAAAAUUGACCGUUCCUUCAAUGUCUCCGCGUCUCCUUGGGGGGUCUGGGCAGAAGGGUGCAUAUUUUCAUCUAUGGUGGAUCUGUCCAAGGAUUAGAACCUUUUGGGGCUUGGCAUUUGUAAAAAUAGGUAAAACCAUUAAUCAGGAAAUUAAAAUAGCUCCUCAACUAGCAUUGUUGGGAAUAUUCACGGAAGACAAUACAAUCAGAAGAGCUGGUGAUUUAUAUGUUGAUAUUGGCCAAAAUAGUGAUAACAAAUUGGAAGCACAGAAUAUUAUCUGUAGAUUAAUGGUACAACAAGCUUUGCUUUAUUGCUAUGGCAGAUAAAUCGAUCAAAUUGUUUCAUCUCAGAAGAGGACAAUCAAAACCAUAUUCUUUCUUUGAGAUCUGGCCAGAUUUAAUAUUUCAUAUCAAUCAAAGAAAUUAUAGUGAAGGUAUUACCUGCUUGUUACAUUCAGAUAUGGAAAGAUGUGUGUGAGGCAUAAAGACAUGGCUCGUUACACAAGCUGUUAAAUGAGAUUAAUUUUUUACAAACAUUUUUA